CCACAGCAGAUCCGGUUGUAUACACGCAACAUGUCUCUUAAAACCAUAGCCGUUCUCGAUGACGUCGAUCUCAAGGAUGGUCAGAUGAAAGAAGUCAGUUUCGAAGGGGAAGGGAAGGUUUUGGUCUAUAAACUGGGAGACAAGGUUCACGCAACUAGUGCUUUCUGUACUCACUACGGCGCACCUUUGGCAAAAGGUGUGCUCACAGCCGAUGGUCGGAUCGUAUGCCCGUGGCACGGAGCUUGCUUCAACGUCUGCACUGGAGACAUCGAGGACGCACCGGCACCUUCUGCCCUUCACUCAUUCAAAACCAAAGUAGCAGAUGGAAAGAUUCAUGUCACAGCAGAUUCUUCCCACACGCUCAAAGCCAAUAUGUCUCGACCCCCUAAACUGCUCUCUCCCGGAUUUCUUUCCGGUGGAAGGGGUGUCGUGAUUGUAGGAGGAGGCUCUGGUACCUUCCACGCCAUCGAAAGUCUAAGAGAGCACGGAUACUCUGGAAAUAUUACGGUGCUUUCCAAGGAGACCUACUCACCUAUAGACAGAACGAAAUUGAGCAAAGCGCUCAUUACAGACCCUGCCAAAAUUCAAUGGCGCACAGCAGCAGAUCUCAAGAUUAAAUAUGGAACAACCCUUCGUACAGGCGUGACUGUCACAUCGGUGGACACGUCAUCGAAACAAGUUGUUCUCGACGGAGGCAAAGAAAUUAUAUCCUAUAGCAAACUCAUCAUUGCACCGGGAGGAACCCCACGUCGCCUUCCUGUAGAGGGUGCGGACCUGGAGAACGUAUACACUUUCAGGGGCAUUGAAGACGCGAAGAAAGUCGACGCUGCUGCCCAGGAGGGGAAACGUAUGGUGGUCAUUGGAAGUUCCUUCAUCAGUAUGGAGCUCGUUGUUGCCGUUGCAAAGCGCAAGCUUGCCUCCAUCGACGUCAUCGGCAUGGAGGAAUAUCCUUUUGAAGCCGUACUUGGGAAAGAAGUCGGAAAGGGUCUAAAAAAGUAUCACGAGUCUCAAGGUGUCAAAUUCCACAUGAACUCUAAAGUCGACAAGAUCGUACCUUUGGAAACGGAUUCAUCGCAAGCAGGAGGGGUAGUUGUCAAUGGCGAGACAAUCCCCGCUGACUUCGUUAUCAUGGGUGUCGGUGUUGCACCUGCAACUGAAUUUUUGAAGCAGAGUGGCUUUGAGCUUGAGAGUGAUGGUGGUCUUAAAGUAGAUGAGUAUCUGCAGGUCAAGGGAUUCGAUGGUAUCUAUGCUAUUGGUGACGUCGCGGUUUACCCUCAGCACAAGACAGGGGAAAGUAGAAGGAUUGAGCAUUGGAAUGUUGCAGGGAAUCAUGGCCGUGCUGUAGGGAAGACGAUUUCUGGAGAUCCACAACCAUUCGUGAAGGUUCCUGUUUUCUGGAGUGCCCAGGGCCAGCAAUUGCGAUACUGUGGUUUGGGUUCUGGUUAUGAUGAUAUCAUUAUCAACGGAAAUCCGGAUGAGAUGAAGUUCAUUGCAUACUAUGUCAAGGCAGGCAACGUUGUUGCAGUAUCCAGCAUGCAAAAUGAUCCAGUCGUUAGCAAAGCUUCUGAGUUGCUUAGGCUGGAAUUGAUGCCAUCGCCCGAAGAGUUAAGGGCUGGAAAGAGCAUCCUUGAUGUUGAUAUCUCGGGCACGGGGGCUAAAGCACGAGUUGAAUCUGCGUGAUCAAAGAAUAAUAUGGCGCUGCCGGUAGUGUCGGUAGGAAAUGCAAAGAAGUUUAUCCAUGUUGUAAAGAAAUUCUGUCAUACGCGGUCGUCAGUGAUUCUGACAUUGGCUUUAUGAUCAUGUACAAUGUACCCUAGUGGAAAUGAGUAUUGGAGAAGGUGAUAUAUCGAGAUUUAGCUGCGAUGUGGAAUUGAA